CUUCCGCUGCCCUCUUACGUCACUUCCUCCGCAGCCUCUUAGCUAGCAGCAGAGAGCGGAGCGGGGCAGCCGCUUCGAUCUCCGGUGAAAAGAAGCCUUCAGAGGCCGGUUGGUUGGCAGGAGCGAUAAAGCGGACCGCGAUGGAGGAACAGAGUUCAGACAUAGAAGUGACGGUGAAGACGCUGGACUCCCAGAGCCGGAGCUACGCCGUAGGAUCUCAGCUGACGGUGAAGGAGUUCAAGGAGCACAUCGCCCCCUCCGUGGGCAUCCCUGUGGAUAAGCAGAGGCUGAUCUAUCAGGGCAGAGUGCUGCAGGAUGAGCGAACCCUGGCAGACUACAAUGUGGGCGGAAAGGUGAUCCACCUGGUGGAGCGGGCCCCUCCUCCACCUUCCCAGGGAGGGUCGGGGUCUGGGGGGACCUCGGCAGACAGCGGACCCUCCUCAUCCUCCCAGGGAACCUCCCAAGUGCCGCACGACCGUAACGCUAACAGCUACGUCAUGCUAGGAACCUUCAACCUCCCCGUCAACAUCAUGGACCCGCAGCAGAUCCAGAUGACGGUCCAGCAGAUGGUGUCUGGGAUGGGAGAGAACACCCGGAACGCCAGAGUGACCACCAGCACCGGGAGCAACGGUUCGGUCAACGUUCACAUCGACAUGGACCAGCCGGUGCAGAGCGAGCCCAGGCUGAGGCUGGUGCUGGCGGAGAACCUGCUGAGGGACGUCCAGGAUGUGAUCAGCAGGAUGGAGGGUCGAUCCACGGACUCCUCCUCCCGAACAGAGACUCCUCCUCCUGCCGCCGCCGCGGCUCCCCCGCCGCCCUCCUCUUCAUCCACCACCUCUACGCCCUCUCCCUCUGCCCAGCCCAUGGACACCUCCCCUCCCCCCACCACGCCCCCACCGCCCUCCUCUGCACCGUCCGAGGGGCCGACCCCGCAGCCGGGGCCAAGUCACCCCAGCCCUGCGGAGCUGGCGGAGAUGCUGUCUGAGCUACGGAGGGUGGAGGAGCGGCUGCAGCCAUUCAUGCAGAGAGCCCACAGCAUCCUGGAGACCGCCACCACCGCAGAAUACAACAACAACACGCAGGAGAGAGAGGACGACCAGAGAACUCUGGUCCAGAUCUGCGAGUGUCUGCGUCUCCUUGGAAACGCCCUGGUUGCCCUGAGCGACCUGCGGCUGAACCUGAUGAGUCCCGUCCCCCGCCACCUCCAUGUUGUGCGCCCGUUCUCUCACUACUCCAGCCCCGUUGGCCUCCCUGGAUCCAUGCAUCAUCACAUCCCAGUGCAGAUGAACCUGGGUGCCACGGUGACCGUUGCCGCUAACAGCACUGAGGGGCAAGCUCCGCCCACCCAGCCAACCGGUCAGCCGGAACAGGCCAAUCAGGGACAGAGCUCCCCCUCGCCGAGCACUCCGUCCAAUCAGCAGGCUGGACAGGGACCGGGUGGCCCCCGGGUGAUCCGGAUCAGCCACCAGGCCGUCCCGGUGGUCAUGAUGCAGAUGAACGCAGACGGAGGAAGCAGCCCUGCAGCAGGAGGACAGCCGCUGGCCGGGCAGCCAGGUGCGCUCCCACCUGACUUCAUGAGGAACGUCAUGCAGCAGAUCAGUCAGUACGCGGCAGCCGUCGCCACCAGCGCCGCCACCGCCCAGCCCUCACCCCCCAGCUCCACCCCCUCCGCCCCUCCUGCCUCCUCCCAGUCUGGGUCCCAGCAGCCCCAGCAGGCGCGGGUGGUGUUCUCCCGGCCCCCCUUCGCCGCUGCCGCGCCCCCCCCGGUGUUUGGCGCCCGGGGGACCACCAUCAACGUGAGGGCGGCGGUGCCGGGCCAGCAGCCCGGACAGGCCUUCAGCCCGGCGGCUCUGAACCAGAUGAUCAGCGGACUGGUGGGUCAGCUGCUGGUUCCGGGACAGAUGGCGGGUCAAACCGUCACCUCCUCCUCCUCCUCCUCCUCCUCCUCCUCCUCCUCCUCCUCCACUUCCUUCUCCUUUUCCGGUUCGGGUCCAAAUCCGCCGCCUGCUGCGUCCAGCCAGAACCAGAGUGAGGCGGGCGCUGCUGAGCCCCAGCCGGACCUGGCCCCUGACCUCCGCCAGCUGCUGGGCUCCCUGCUGGGCGAGGCCGGGGGGCCCGCUGCUGGUUCCGGUCCGUCUGGAGCCCCUUCUAUAACCGUCACCAGCUCAGGCGUCCCGGCCUUCAUCCAGGGGGUGACGGACUUCAUGCAGCAGGCCUCCCAGCCCAUCUUCUCUCCUCCCCCCCAGGCCUCCGGACCCACUGCGGGGCCCGGCCCGGCGGGGGCAGCAGAGUCCCUGAACCCGGAGCUGUUCACCGGCAUCCUGCGGGGGGUUCUGAACUCCAUGAUGGGCUCACUGGGUCAGAACCAGAACGACACCGAGAGCAUCGCCCAGUUCAUGCAGCGGCUGUCCCAGACCACCAACAUCUUCUUCAGUCCAGAGGAUCCCACAGGGUUCUUCGGGGAGCUGCUGAUGUUGGUGUGCCAGACGUUCACCAUGUCUGACCUGGUGAUGCUGCUCCACGGUCAGCACCAGCCGCUCAGCCGCAUCCAGCCUCAGCUGGCCCAGUUCUUCACCCAGAACUUCCUGAGCGGCAGGGAGCCCACGGAUCAGAACAUCGCUGGAGCUGCUGAUGGUCUGGUCACCGAGCUGCAGGAGUACAUCAGCGAGAGCUUCAGGGAGUCCAACGUCUCUGUGCUGGACGGCGUGGACGUCACUCAGACCAACAUGUCCUUUUUCAGACAGCAGCUGACGCAGAUUGCCACGCACAUCCUGCGCUGCUCAGAUGAGACAUUUGGUCCCAGACUGCUGCAGAUGUGCAACCAGGCGCUGUUUGAGUGUCUGGCCCUCAACCUGCACUGCCUGAGAGGAGACCAGCGAGCGCUGACCGCCGUCAUCAACCACCGCAUCCGCCGCAUGUCGACUGACAUCAGCCCCAGUCUGGUGAACUGGAUGACCAGCAUGAUGACCAUGAGGCUGUGGGUGAUCCUGGAGCACAUCCCCGUGUCCCAGGAGCAGGUCCAGCACUACAUCGUCCCCUCUCAGACGGAUCCCGGUCCUGCCGGCGGCUCCCAGGACGCUCAGAGUGCCACGAUCGGAGACACUCUGUCCCCCGCCGCAGCCACCACGGCAGAGGAGGCCAUGUCGCACGACAACGCCGCUGCGUCGUCAAGGGAGACCAGAGCGUUGCCUGGAGAUCUGGGAGCGUCGGGCGGUGCGGCGCCUCUAGGGGGCGACAUGGUGGCAGCAGGAGCAGAGGGAGGCAGCGAGGAGUCUGAGAGCUGGGCCGCCGCCGUCCCUCCUGAGUGGGUUCCCAUCAUCAGGCGCGACAUGAUGACGCAGAGGAAGAUGAAGGCUCAGCCGCCGCUCUCUGACGCCUACCUCCACGGCAUGCCGGCCAAGCGCAGGAAGACGGGCCAGGGCGGCGGCAGCCUCCUCUCCCUCUCAGACGCCGUCAGUCAGGCGGCCAGGAACGUGGGGGUGAGGCCCAUCACCUCCCCGGAGCAGCUCCAGGCCGACCUGGAAACGCAGGAGGUGAAGGAGGCGUACUCGGAGCAGGUCAAAGCCGACGUGAAGAAGCGCGUCAGAGACGACCCGGAGUUCAACCCGCAGCAAUUCCCCAACGCCCACAGAGCCUUCGCCCCCGACUCCUAACGCUCCGCCUGCGCCUCCCCAGCAGCAGCCUCAGGGUGCCGAGCCUCCCUCUCCUGUGGGGGGGGGGGGAGUCUGA